CAAAGUGAAUGUUGGAGUGGUCCAGGUUGUCCCAAUACAUAGGCUCAUUGUGUUCUGGAUGCUUUUUGAGACACAGUGAAACUAACUUGUUAAUACAUGGUAUAAGGAGUGUGGAAGUGCACUUUAUAUCUACUUUGAGUGUUUAUACCUGGGCUGAGUUUCCCCCACGCCGAAUAGGCCUCGUCUUGUUUACAGUCCUUGUUCCUGGCAACAACGUCAUCAACUGUGUGUGACAUCGAGGAGGCGUGGAGCGCAGAGCGAACAGCCAAUCAGGAGGCUGCUAGGAGCGCACGGAGAGAAACCAGCCAAUCAGCGGGCUGCUUGGAAGAGGAAACAGCCAAUCAGCGGGCUGCUAGGAGCGCACGUAGAGCCUCAUGAUAUAAGAAAGGAGCGCUCGGGCCGCCUGUCAUUACAGAGGAAACACAUGAGGAGCUCACUCUCAGAGCAGGAAAAAAGACUCCUACACACGAGUGGAAUCAAAACAUCUGAAUUAGUCACUGGACUCCGCUUUGAAAUUCAACUAAAAGGCGCAGCCCUGCCAGACUACAAGCUGCUAAAGCAGAACAUGAACUUGAACUUCUCCGACUCAUAUCGGAACUCAAACUUCAAGUCACAACACCUGAACCUGAACCUGCACCACCUGCACCACCACCACCGCGCGGCCGACAGUGACUUCUACUCAGCCGGCUCGACCACCGCGGACGUCUCGGGCUCUCUGAAGCUCGCCUCUCCGGAGCUGGAGCGUCUGAUCAUCCAGAACAGCAACGGGGUCAUCACUACGACGCCGACACCUGCCGCCCAGUUCCUCUACAACCGCGGGAUCACGGAGGAGCAGGAGGGCUUCGCGGACGGUUUUGUUAAAGCUCUGGACGACCUGCACAAGAUGAACCAGAUGGCGCCUCCACCAAACGUGUCUCUCGGUGGCGGCUGCGGUUUGCCGGGCGGCGGAGUGGUGUGCUCGGCUCCAGGAGCCUCCGUGUUCGGCUCCUCCAUGCAGCCGGAAGGUUUAGAGUACACCACCCUGAGCAGCUGCACCACCACCAACCCGAGUCUGUCCUCUGGAGCCAGCUACCCGUCCACUACUAUCAGCUACCUGCCGCACCACCACCAGUACCACCACCACCAGCAUCCGCAGGCCCUCGCAGCGCACGGGUCGCACCACUUCCAGCACUCCUCUCUGGCCGGUGUGGGCAUCCACUCGCAGCGUUUCGCCGGCGGCUUGAAAGAAGAGCCGCAGACGGUGCCGGACAUGCUGAGCAGCGACGGGUCUCCACCGAUGUCCCCCAUCGAUCUGGAGAACCAGGACCGCAUGAAAACGGAGCGCAAGCGGCUGAGGAACCGGCUCGCGGCGUCCAAGUGUCGGAGGCGCAAGCUGGAGCGCAUUUCUCGCCUGGAGGACAAGGUGAAAGUGCUGAAGACAGACAACGCGGGACUGUCCAACACGGCGUCAGUGCUGCGGGAUCAGGUGGCGCAACUCAAACAGAAAGUCAUGACACAUGUGAGCAGUGGUUGCCAGCUCAUGUUAGCGCCCAAAGUGAAGUCAUAUUGAAGAAACAAUGCACUUUUUAAAUGAGAAAAACACUGGACAAAGAACUGCACUGACAAUGAACAAUGUCUUUUCUUUAUACAUUGUCUAUGUAGGAGAGAGAACUGGACCAUUAUGGUUUCUGAAAGAGAAGCAGCAGAAAUCAUGCGAGACUAAAACACUUAGGGGCAUUUUUUUGAAUACGUUUUUAAAAGUGUCGUCUUGGCUUUGCCUGUUUACAUUUUACUUUAAUUGUGAUACAUUCCUAUGUAAGUUAUUUGUUCUAGUCAGGUUGAGCCUGAUGAGCCUGUUCUUUUGUUUUUUACUUGUACAGUAUAUAUAUUUAAGUAAAUGAAACUAUGAAACUAAGAAAA